AGUAUGUGUAAUCGCGUCAUCCGUCUUUCAUCAGCAUUUUGUUGCUUUUGCAAAAUGCGAAAGAGGAAGAGAUUCGUGGAGCAGCGAAGGUAAGGGCUAGAGAAGGCUCAAGAAGAAAAAAAAAAAAAGAAGAAGAGAGACAACAACACCCUCUAUAGAAGAAGAUGUGGUUGUAGCGGGGUCGAGUUCGCAGGCGUCACCGCAUGCCAACCCCCGCCCAGUUGCCUGGAUUCACUUCUUGGAGUAGAACACACCACAUUGAUGAGCAAAUACUUGAAGAAUCAAGAUGCCAAGAUGAAUGUGAAACCAAGAUUGAGGAUGAGAAACAAGAAACUCCAGAAAGAUCUCGCGUACGCUGCAGGAGCAAGGAGGCGGAGUGUGACGCGCAUUGUGGCACCAACACAGAGGCAGGCAGCCUGAAGGAAGGCCAGCAACACAGAGGCAGGCAGCCUGAAGGAAGGCCAGCAACACAGAGGCAGGCAGCCUGAAGCAAGGCCAGCAACACAGAGGCAGGCAGCCUGAAGCAAGGGCAGCAACACAGAGGCAGGCAGCCUGAAGCAAGGCCAGCAACACAGAGGCAGGCAGCCUGAAGCAAGGCCAGCAACACAGAGGCAGGCAGCCUGAAGGAAGGCCAGCAACACAGAGGCAGGCAGCCUGAAGCAAGGGCAGCAACACAGAGGCAGGCAGCCUGAAGCAAGGCCAGCAACACAGAGGCAGGCAGCCUGAAGCAAGGCCAGCAACACAGAGGCAGGCAGCCUGAAGCAAGGCCAGCAACACAGAAGCAGACAGCUUGAGCCAUGGACGACAACGUGGAGGAGUGUCCAGUGUGCCUCACCACCUUUGACGACACCCUCAGGCGGCCACACAACCUGCCCUGUGGCCAUACAGUGUGCUCGCCGUGCAUUGACGGACUGAAGCAGCAGGGUGCCGUCACGUGCCCCACCUGCCGGGCGAGUCACGCCGUGCCCGAGGCGGGCCAGUUCCCCAUCGCCUAUGCUGUUGAGGGACUGGUGAGGAGGCUGAGGGGUGCAGGACUGGCCUCUCUGCCAGCCGAGCCAGGGAAGCAGACAGCCCCACCAGUGACACGGCCUGCACCAAAGGCGACAACGGGACUCAGCAAGAGGGCACAGUCCCUGCUGCAGGAGCAGGAAGCGAAUGUCCUGGCUGCCAUCCGCUCCUGCCAGGAGGAGCAGAGCCAGCUGGCCGAGUACCUGACAACCCUCGGUGGCUGGAGCAGUCGCCAGCAGCGGCUGCAAGACGAGCUGCAGACGCUGGUGGACCAGAGCAAGAGUGCCCGGGAAGCAGUGCACCGCGAGGAGUCCCGGGUGGAGGGCAGGCAGGAGGAGGUGCGGCAGAAGGAGCAGCAGCUGCACGCCGCGCUACAGUCGCUGCGCACGGCCGCAACACGGCAGGAAGCUUAUGAGGUCAUUGAGGACACAGACCUUCUGAUGGAGGAGGACAGUCAGAGAACAGGGGAGUGCCUGGGAGUGUUUCCCGACGUUCACGCCGUCACCUUCGUCACCAGGGUGGGUGUGGCCUCACACUUGUUGUGCUUGCAGGUCACUCUUCUGGCAACGGUGGCAGAGGCAUCGCGCGCAGCCCUGCAGGCCGCCACCGCUGCCGCCGCUGCCACACAGGCAGCCCUGGAGGCAGCGGGCACUGCUGCUGCAGCCUCGGGGGACUCCAGCCUCCCAGCAGCCUGGCCCGAGGCCUCCUCCAUCGCGGAUAGGCUGCAGGCCCUGCUGGCGCCGCCCCUGACGGCCGAGGACCUGCACAGCCUAACACAGCGUGCCAGGGACCUGGUGGAGGCUGGCCUUGUCUUCGCCGUCCACGACGUGGAGGGACAGACUCGGCAAGCAAGGAUCAGCCUUGAAGACGGCAGCCUUUACCUCCACUCCCUGCAGGCCCAGGCCCUGCCGAACUUCACCGCCACCCUGCAGAUGGGGGAGGUGGUGCCGGCCGCCCCACCCUGCGAGGUGUUCCUGGACCUGGUGUGGUCCGGCAGCGCGGCGCGGCGGGUGGUGGUGAGUCUACCCCAGGACACCCCCAGGGGCCGGCAGUUCAUGCUGCUGUGCUCGGGCCAGCGGGGCGCCUGCUACGCCAACACCAGGCUGUUUAACGUGAUGAGUGAGGGACAGCCGGGGGAGUGUGUGGUGGGAGGAGACUACCAGACAGGUGAUGGGAGGGGAGGAGCCGCCCUGCUGCCUCACCUUGGCCAGGGUGACUACUGGGAGUCAGGCAAGGCGGGGGCUGUGUGGUGGCCGUGGCGUGGUGGCCCUGCCUGUGGUGCUCAUUUCGGCAUCACCACCCGGGGCGUGCAGCGUGGUAGAGUUUGGCGUGGUGUCUUUGGCCAGGUGGUGCGGGGCCUGGAGGUGGUGCAGGAGGCAGCCCAGCACCGCCCCGUUACUGAGGUGAUUGUGGUGCAGUGUGGCGUGGUGCUGUCACAGUAGUGCUGCACCACACCACUACCAAUAUUAUUAUUAUUAUUAUUUUUUUUUUAAGAGGAAAGAAGCAAACACACACACACACACACACACACACACACGGACACACAGACAGACAGACAGAUAGACAGACACAUACAGACAGACACACACACACACAGUUCAGCGUGCAUGUCGUGGUGCUGGCAGUGUGUUGUGAUGGUGGCGGUUGUUGGUGUAAAUACUGGCGGCAGGACACACCACUUCACACAUUGGUCCUUCACUAACAACACAAAUAAAGUUUUCAUCAGCAAACACUUCUGUCACCAGUGUUCACAUCACUGGUCCACACUGUCUCAUCUUGCUUCUCCUCAAUAACAUUAUUGUACAAACAC